CCCUUAAUCCUCUAAUCAUGGGAUCAUUAACAUUCAAAUAUCCUGGAAGAUUGGCCUAUCUGUAUUUUAAAAGGAAGCCGGACCUAUAGUUUACGUCAGUUCUUUGACCAUUCGUUGGAGCUCCGGUUUUCAGCCUCUUUCCGGGCUACCUUGUAGCAAUUUGAGGCUCUGUCAUCAGUUUCUGCUACGUUUCAAAGAUCCAGGAGAAGCUUAGUGUUGUGUCAAGACGCCGAUGGACCCAUCACAGUUUAAUCCAACCUACAUCCCAGGGUCUCCACAAAUGCUUACCGAAGAAAAUUCCCGGGACGAUUCAGGGGCCUCUCAAAUCUCCUCCGAGACGUUGAUAAAGAACCUUAGUAACUUGACUAUCAACGCUAGUAGCGAAUCUGUUUCCCCUCUAUCGGAAGCUUUACUCCGUCGAGAGUCUGUAGGAGCAGCAGUCCUCAGGGAAAUCGAAGAUGAGUGGCUUUACAGCAGGAGAGGAGUAAGAACAUUGCUGUCUGUGCAGAGAGAAAAGAUGGCAAGAUUGAGAUACAUGUUACUCGGCGGAGUUCGUAGGCAUGAAAGAAGACCAACAAACAAGGAGCCUAAGGGAGUUAAGAAGGAAUCAAGACCAUUCAAAUGUCCCUGCAGUUUCUGCGUGUCUAAUGGAUGGGAUCCUUCUGAGAAUGCUAGAAUAGGGAAUCAAGACACCAAGCCACUUCAGCCAUAAAUCUUAUUCUUGCAC